CAGACACGUGACUCGCAGUUCAGAGUUGACCGUCAAGGAAAGCUGAAGCAUGGCGGCUCUAGUGAAGUGCAGAGCGCUGUUUCAGCCUCUCCGAUCUCAAAUGAACGUUAUCAGCGGCGUCUGCAGAUCGGACAGUGUUUUGCACUCAUUUCUAACCAAGAGAGCGCCUCACUGUGUGCGACUGUACAGCUCCGACGUUAAGUCUGGAGAUGACCUUAUCGUUAGAUACUUGGACGGUGAAGACUCAGGGAUUGUUGUUUUGGGGAUUAAUCGCCCUCAAUCUAAAAAUGCCAUCAGCAAAAAUCUUGUUACAAUGGUGAGUACUCUUCCCAUGCCAACGAUUGCAGCCAUUGAUGGGGCGGCUCUUGGAGGAGGUCUUGAAAUGGCUCUUGCCUGUGACAUCAGAGUGGCAGCCAGCUCUGCUAAGAUGGGACUAGUUGAGACUAAAUUAGCCAUCAUCCCAGGCGCUGGGGGAACUCAGCGUCUGCCACGAACUGUAGGAGUGUCUGUAGCUAAAGAGCUGAUAUUUGCGGCGCGGGUGCUGAGCGGUGACGAAGCCAAGAGUCUUGGCCUAGUGAAUCACGCUGUGGAGCAGAAUAAGACUGGAGAUGCGGCGUAUCUGCGAGCUCUGGAUCUGGCCCGUGAAUUCAUCCCUCAGGGGCCAAUUGCAAUUCGAAUGGCGAAGUUAGCAAUCAACCAGGGAAUAGAGGUGGAUUUGAAGACCGGAUUAGCUAUUGAAGAGGCAUGUUAUGCUCAGGUGAUCCCAACCAAAGACAGGCUGGAAGGUUUGCAGGCGUUCAAAGAGAAACGUCCUCCUCGCUUUAAGGGCGAGUAACUGUGGCCUAACCAACCCAAUUACAUGCAGCUGCCUUCUGAAUCGCCUGCCACUGUUGACGAAUCUCAUAAAGAAUGUUGCAUAUCUGAAAUGUUUGGAGCACUGCCGGGCCCCUGGGGGCGCGAUGAUGGUAAAACCUGUAGGGAUUUGAGCUGAAAUGUUUGAAAGAUGAAAGCUAUUCCAACUUCUUUUUGCAUGGCAUGUCCUUUUGUUGUCAUUGUGAACUUUCUUCCUAUUCCUUGUGUAAUAUAAAGAGUCUUUGGUUGUUCGUUCUCAUCUGAUAAAAAUAAAAUUGGAUGCAUUUCAGAUUAACACAAAAUGGAAACUUUUACAAUGUACAGUACUCCAUUAUACUCUGUUGACGAUGUGUCCACUCUGAGGAGCAUAUAACCCAUACUAAAUCUGGUUGGGUAGGUUGAUUCCAGGAAUCAGCGCUGAUGUUAUGCAUCAAAGCUGCUUUCACUUUAAACGUGUGCAUGUAAGCAGUCCAGUCAACAUCCACCCGGUUUUUGCCCUAAGGGUAAUGUUUUUAGAAAAGGUGUUGUUAUGAAUAUUUGCAAUUUAUGCAAUAAAGCCUUAAAACGUAUACA